AAAGUUGAAAUGGACUCGUCAUCGUCGUCGUCGUCGCAUUUUUAUAGUAAAAUAAAUUCCAAAUGUCUUCCGGAAUAAAUUGUCGUGAAAUUUUCGUAUUUUUGGAAAUCUUAAUUUGGAACCAAAGAGAUCAUCAGAAGAAGAGAAAUCAUCAACAGCAACAGCAGCAACAACAGCAACAACAGCAACAGAGUCAGCAUAAACAACAACGGCACAACAACAACAGUACUGCUAGUGACCAUCAGCAGCAACAACAACAACAGCAUAACAACGCAGUGAAAGUGUUUAAGUGUAAAAAUAAUAAUAAUAACAACAACAACAAUAAUAAUAAUAGCAUAUAUACAGCAUUUAGCAACAAUAGUAACAAUAGCAUAAUUCACCACAGCAACAGCAACAGCAAUAGUAGCAGCAGCAGGAACAACAUCAGCGCUGUUAGCGGUAGUCAAAGUAGUCGUAGCAAUAACAGCAAUAACAACAACAACAACAAAAGCCAAAAAGUCCACAAUUAUAAGCAAAGUGCUGGUCAGCAACAACAACAAAAACAACACCAACAGCCGCAAGAGUACGUCAAUAGCAAGUACAACAACAGCAGCAACAACAAAAACAACAGUAGGGAUUUAAAUCACUUCAAAUUGUUGCAAAAUCAAAGAAAAGUCGCACGCAAAACCUGUGCUAGUGGUCAACAAUAACAACAACAACGCCACAGCAAAAAUCAGUCGAAAAUUUCACAAACAUCCAAAGAGGAAAUACAAUUUUUUGAUAAAUUUCUACGAAAAGAAAUUCGGCGAACAACAACUAUUGCGUGUGUGCCUGUGUGUAUGCGUACAUAUGUAUGUGUGUGCCUAUGAGAAAGCAAAACACAAACAAU